AUGUUGGAACAUGCUCGGGGCACCAAGUUCUCUAUGGAGUUUCAGUCCCUUCAAGAGAAAGCCCAGAAGCACGGCAAACAGCCCAAAGGGAGGUUGCUUUUGUGGGUUGUGUUCCAGCGGUUUCGUUUGGAAAAGGAUCGUGGUACCGCCCUCACGCAACAUCACCUGUUGUCGCUUACAGUGCAGGGUUCGGAGGUCAAGGGUCUGAUAGAGUUCAGGCAACGUUUUGACUUUGUAUGGGAAGCGUUGGAGCCAUCAGAGAGGCCCAGUGACAAUGCUGUUCGGUCCCUUUUGUUUGAAAACCUCAAAGGGCACCCCCUGAUGAGCCUUCACAUCGACCGUUUCCGCAACUCGAGCAGUUCCUCUAGCAAGAGGACGUGGGAGUGGUUAUACGGUAAGAUGGUGGAUGUUGUCGACAUUGCCCAGUUAGAGGAAAACACGGCGUCCAUUAGUAAGGCCCUAGCAGGAGGUAACAAUCGUGUUGCAGCAAAUGCGGCGCCAAAAGCCCAGGCGAAAGAAAAAGCGAAACCAAACAAUGGGGAUAAGAGCGAACAAGACAAAGCAAAAGAAAAGAAGGAGCGGGAGAAAGCGAAGAAGAAGGAGAAGGAAAAAGAAACGAAGGAGAAAGCACGAGCAGCAGCAACAGUGGCAACGAGCGAGGCGGCAACGCCUGCUCCCGCCGCUCCUGCAAAAGGCAAAGGCAAAGGAAAGGACAAGCCAAAGUCGCCACGCACAAAAGAGGAAAAAGCCAAGUUGCCAUGCAUGUUCUUUGCGUAUGACUGUUGCACUCAUGGAAAUGCGUGUGAGUAUAUCCACGAUAAGAACAACCUGUACAAAGGGCCUAAGCCCAGGGGCAUCAAGGCUUCUGCAGGUGCAGCAACAGUCGCGGCAGGUGUUUCCAUGGCAAGCGCGCUUCCAACCGCUAAGGGUUCUUGCGUAGAAGAGAGGCAAUGCGGCAACGCAUGCCCUUCAGAGCAGGAGUCCCCGAAGCGCGUUCAGGGUUUAGCUGGCAGGGUGAAGGGUCUAGGCAACAAGUUGCUCAAGUCAGGCCGGAACGUCAAGCUCAACGGCAGUGUGCUCCCAAAAGGCAGCUUCUUUGCUAGGGCGUUCACGACAGUCAUGACGGCUAUGGCGUGCCUUGACCCAGGUGGGAAUGCCACUGGAAUGGCAGGCGUGUGCACCAUGAACCAGACUAAGCCCCUAAACAUGGACUUUCUCUUAGAUAGCGGCGCCGGUAGGAAUCUCACUUCCAAGAAACAUUUGCCUGAAGAGACCCAUGAGAUGUUUUCCAAGGCACCGGAAAAGUUGCAGUUCUCAACUGGAGGGGGCACCCGUACAGGCUCCCAAGCAGUGAGGAUGAAAGGAGACCUUUCAGGUGACAAUGUGUUCUACUCCCUAAAGGAUUGUCCUCCAGCUCUGAGUGUAGGCAUCCAGGUAAAUGAACACAAGCGCCCGUGGAUAUGGUUUCCUGACCAACUCCCUUUCUUCGUGAACGCUGACAGAGUCCAGGAUGUCACCUUUUUCUGCCCUGAAUCAGCAAAGAUCUAUGCAGAUCGCAUUGAAGAAAACGUGCCCGUCCUGAGAGAAUCCGUCUCGUGUUCUGCCCUACCCGCUUGUGGACGCGCUGUCAAGCCAGAAGCGGAAACGCUCAUGGCUGCUCCAUCAGAACCGGCGCCUACACGGGAUAAGCCUGUAGAGUCUGGCAAGGCAGAUGUGGAAUGCUUAAGGUUGAAACCGGAUAGCUCCCUGCCGCGUUUUGGGGAAGAGGAUGAACUCACAGCCUGUGCUGAGCCAAUCCCGGGUGAAGGAGAUGAACCGUUGGAUGAGGAAGAUGCCGAAGAGCACCCUGAAUGGACGAAGGGCCCGACCCUGAUGACACUCCUCCCUUGCACUAUGGGCACAGGCUCCGGGCAGACCACAUCAUUCUCGGUCAAGAUUUUAACAAAAGGCUCGGAAGGAGAGCAGGCCUGCUUGAUUGCUUAUGACGACUAUAGCGGUUGCUACGGGGCUUUUCCACAAACCAAUAGAAGCACAGAUCAGAACGUCUCAGUGUUGCGAAAAUUUGGUGGCACCAGGGCCCAUGGAAAAGCGCUAUGCGUGGUCAAGUCGGAUGCAGCUUCCGAGCUCGUCGACGCAGUGAAGGCAUUGAACUGGCUGCCGGAUCCAGGCGUACCCCAUGACCUUUUUCACAACUCACAACUCGAGCGAGCCAUCAGGACGUUCCCUGGGAUCUUUUGCGGAUGGCGUUUGGAUGCAGGCUACAAGUUUCGUGGAGUUCACUUGGUGCUUGACUACGACUCACUUCGCAAAGAUGAAAGGGGCUGCGGAAGACCAAUCCAAGUGUACGCGUCAGAGUUGGUCGUGCCUGAUUCUUUUGUGUUUCCAUUGCACGAGGCUCAGGUUGAGAAACUUUCCCUUUUCAAGUCAGAGGCAGCAAUGCCCACGCUUGACACUCGAGAAGCUUUGCCUUUCGAGAAAGGAGCCCCGGAACCCAAAGUUCGCAAACGCAAAACAUAUGUGACAUUGGAAAGGGCCCUUCGUUUCGGCAUAACUCUUGGGUGCAAGGGCUGUGAUAGGAUAGCAGAAGGCGUGCCACACAAUGAUGCGUGCCAUGAACGGUUUAGGAAGCUUUUAGAAGACGAGGCCGCUGCACUGAAGGCUAAGGCCAAAGCAAAGGCCGACGCCGCGCGUCCUGCUUCUGAUAGUGUUGCCCCAGCCGCGCCGCUGCAACCAUCUCAUGAGGCGACUCGCCCAGAUGAGACGAAGCAAGGCGUCAAGGGGGCUGAUCUGGACUACUGGGAUUUUGAUUCCAAGCGCAUGGCGUGGAAACGAGUGCAUGUCAAGCCCCGAAAACGUUUGUACACACCUGUGGGCCGACAUUGUCCUUUUGAUUUCCAUCUUUUGUCUUCUGCCCGAGAGACAGAGUGGAAAUGCCGCGGCAAAUUGUCUACUUUCUCCGACGACUGGCAAGACAAGAGUCCGAAUAGACGCAUUUCCUCUAAAAGUUGGGUAGGGGCCACAUGGUUUUUCCCAAAGAAGGAGAUUGACCCAAACCAAGCCAAGCUUGACACGAUGAAGGCCAACGCAGAAGAGCAACUCAAACGCUCACCCCUCAAAGGUGCGGAAGCGGUAGCAGCAAUCCUCCACGAUCUAGAAGCCUUAGACCCAAAAGCAGUCCCAAGCUGUGGCUCAACUUUGACUGGGGACUCUGCCCCUACCAGCGCGAGUUCUCAGACCAAGGUCAAACGCAACAGACGUGCCGAGGAUGCCACUUUGUUUGAGUUUUGCUGCGAGCCUGAUUCAAUGUUAGGCCAGGUGAAUGAGGAGAACGAAAUCAACCACUUCCGUUUGACAGAAAGCAGCUCGGACAUGUCGUGUCCAAAGCAAACGGAGUCUUUAAAGAAGCUUGUCCAGCUCUUUCCUGGUUGUGACUUAUGGGGCAGCAUACCUUGCGGCCCAUGGAGUCAACUGCAGCACCUCAACAUCGCACGCUUGGGAAAUGGCUUCCGAGAGAAACUCCGAAAGAAGCGGCAACGCUCAAGGAGAAUCUUGAAGAACUUCAUAAGCGUCGCGGAAGUUGUCUUAGCUCAAGGGGGGCAUGUAAGUUUCGAGUGGCCUCAAGGCUGCAGCGGUUGGGCUCUACCCGAGCUUACCCAGUUCAUCCAGGAGCAUGGCUUGUUCACUGCGGUAACGCAUGGAUGCGCUCAUGGCCUGAUGGAUGAUGAAGGGACGCCGCACAAGAAGCCCUGGAGGAUUGUUACCUCCUGCUGGAAACUUGCCGACAACUUGAACACCAAGCGCUGUCAACACCCGCCGGGCUUUCAGCACAGCACCAUUGAGGGAAGCAAAACUGCAAAAACUGCCAAAUACACCAGGUCUAUGGCCACAACCAUUGUGCACAGCUUGUACCCGCACCUCUCCUCACAAGUGGCAGCAAUGCCCGUCAUGCCGUCUUCUCCACACUGCCAUGUCCCUAGGACUCCCCCGAAGGACCAAGAGAUGAUUUACGCUGGCAUCCACCACUUGAUAGAUAGAAAGGAUUGGGGCAAACACGCAGGUGCUCAGGAAUGCAUAGACGGAGAGGCCAAGGGUUUGAUAUCCAACGGCACUUGGGACUACAGGGAAGUAGUUUCACGCAGGGAUUUGUUGGCUAGAAAAGAACCCCUCAAUAUUGGCCGCCUCAUGACUAUCUUGAGCAUAAAGCACUUUGAAACGCCAGAGUUGCGAAAGCUAAAGGCUCGAAUCGUUUUCAGAGGCGACGACAUUAGAGAUGAAGCGAACAACCUGGCAAUCCUGCAAGAACUACAAGUGAAUCCCACUGGAAUAGUAGGUAUUAACUUCAACCUUGCUUACGGAGCCAUCAAAGGUCACUGUUCGUCACAAUCUGAUGUGGUUAAGGCCUACACACAAUCAGAUUUAAACACGAAAGUUCCCACGUGGGUCGAACUCCCGCGAGAGCUUACACCGCCGGAGUUCCGAGGAAUAGAGCGCCCCUGCGUCAGACUCUGGAAGUCCCUUUACGGGCACCCAGAAUCUGGAUUUCAUUGGCACGAAAGGUUCAAGCAGGUUAUGAGUUUGAUGGGAGGUGAACACUCUGAACUGUUCCAAUCGUCAUUCUGGUUCCCCAAGACUAGGCAGCUACUAACGCUGUACGUUGACGACAUAGUUUUAAGUGGGCCCAAAGAUACUCAAGCUGCAUUCUGGGAAGAGCUCCAAAAGCACCUAGAUAUUGAACCGCCAAGUGAAGUAGACAGGGUGUUAGGGCGGAAGCACGUCUACCAGCGCGAAGGCAACACAGUCAUGACAUACGACAUGUCUGACUACUGCCGAAAUGCUUGUGACUUAUAUGAGCAACUGUCGGGCCGGAAGCUCAAAGAGGCGGCAACGCCCUUUGUUGCUGAAGGUUCUCUGCUUACAAGCGACUGGGAAACAAGGGGGCAGCUGUCAGAUGCUGCCAGCAGAGUGUUGAUGAAGAGCCUGUGGCUCGCACGCUUAUCACGCCCUGACGUGAUGAAACCUCUGUCAGACCUUACCCGUCGAGUCACUUGCUGGAGCAUUGCGGACGACAAACGGCUUUUUCGUUUGAUGUGCUAUCUCCAUUCAACGCCUGAGCUCUCUAUCACCCACACCAUGGGCGAUGAGCCAGAAAACCUCAAACUUAGCCUGUACACGGACGCCGACCACGCUUCUGAUGUAGAACAUGCUCACAGCACGUCCGGGAUGAUACUCUGUAUAGAAGGGGAACACUCCUUCUGGCCACUGUGCUGGGCCAGCAAAAAGCAGACGGCGACCAGCAGAUCAACCACAGAGGCCGAGAUCAUUUCACUGAGCUCUGGAGUGUUCGGGGAAGCACUACCCAUGCAACAGUUCAUGGAAAAGGUCUUUGGCCGAGAGGUGCUAUUGCAGUGUCAUCAGGAUAACUCGGCAGUCAUACAGAUAGUCCAUGCAGGCUACAGCCCAAAACUUCGGCACGUGAGUAAGACUCACAGGAUUGAUCUGUCAUCCCUGUAUGAAGUCUAUGAGGACCCGUAUGUGCGCUUGACGUACAUAAACACAGAUAAGCAGCGCGCCGAUAUCUUUACGAAGGCUCUGGCUCCAGCAAAGUUUCCUGCGGCACUCCAGCUACUCCAAAUGGAGUGCAAUCUCUCACUGGCGCUACCGCACUCCCCCGUGGCGAAGAGAGGUGCGGCGCAGGUGAACUUCUCAGCCGCCGCAGACGGCGGCGUGUCACCUGCGCAGUCGCUGCCACCUGCCUUCCUCGACCGGGCGCUCAAAGCGCGCGCCACGUUGCAUGCACCCUCGGUGCCGCGUCGUCGCAGCCCCAGCCCCACCAGCGGCUUCGUGAAGCUGGAGGGCGGCCGAAUCCAGUUCACCGGCUUGGAUUCACCGCCGGACUCGCCCACCACGCAGCAGGAGCAGCACCUGCAGCACCUGUUCGGGAUGAUGCGAGCCAGAUCGAAGGAGAGGAUGAGGGGUGGCAAGAAGAAGGAUGCACAGGAAGUUGGCCGCAAGUACGACUUCCGGCGUGCCAGCACCCUCUUCUGGCGCCAAAGGACGAAACACCUGCGGAAGGCCGCCGUGAAGUCCCUCUACGAGCGCUCUCUCACGCGUCAGAUCGUGGAGCGGGCCCGGCCCGUACAGUGGCGCAGGAAGAAGCGGCGGCUUCACGAGGAGGUGCCGGCGGAGCCCAUCCCUACGGCACGGCGCAUGUCACGCCGGGAGUCGGCACCGAAGAUCACGCUGGCGGCUGCCAUGCAGAGCGCCUCGCCAGCCCCAAAGCAGGACCCACUUCGACUGCUGCACAUUGGCCGUGAGGUGCAGGCCAUUCACAGCCAGUAUCGGGAGGAGCCUAGACCGGUCCCGCACUCUGCGCGGCUCCCGGCUCGGCGGCAGAUCCAGCUGCAGGCUCCCCUUCGCCACCGCUCGGUAUCCCCUUCCAAGGAGCCGCUUCCAGAGCCGAAGCUGAAAGCCCCGCCGCCGGGCUGGGCCAAGCGAGGAGCACCGGCCGAGCCUACGCAAGUUGUCACGGAGGUGAGCUUCCCUUCGCGAGCUGAGGCAUCAAAAGUGCCAAAGCUGGAGAAGGGCACCUCGAACCCUGAGGCCAAGUUGCCUCCCCGCGAGCCUUGGCCCAAGCCAAAGGAAGAGCCUGCUCCAGCUGUACCGGCAGGCCCGGUCGCUGCGGAGCCGCCGAAGUCGGCCCUGCUUCCGCCGAAGAAGAUGGCCGAGAUGCCUUUGAUGGAGGCGCAGGAGUGCCUCAAGGCGAACCUCAUGCUCUUCCAGCGAAGCCGCGGGCGUUCCCCAGAGCGGGCUGACCACAGGCCGCCCCCUCCGCCCGCAAUCCCUCAGAAGCCACCUGGUGCAUUGCCGACCGACAUCGAGCGCUUGUGGCCCACUCAAGGUCUGAAGCCCAUUGUGCCGCCCGUCUCAAGUUUGAACAAGGGCAGCGGUGCGCCCAUGGCCUCAUUCCUGCAAGGUCUGCUGCCCGGUCCGCCACCUGCGAUUGCAAGGAAGCAGCCGCUGCCCCCGGAGGCCAGCGACGUUAGUGCCAAGGCCACGGAGAUACUCCGAUAUCUGCAGAGCUUCGAGCGCGCGCCGCUGGAGCGCAUGCUGGCGCAGCCGAGGCGCGCCAGCGCGGGCAUGCAGGAGGCUGACGCGGCCAAGGCCCCUCCUUCCGAGGACGCCGCGAAGAAGGAGGACGUUCGCCUGCCGCCGAUCGGAGGCGACAAGCCUGGCAGCCGCGGCCUCUCUGCGCAGAAAGCCUCCUGGGCGGAAUUCCUUGAGCAGCGCUUGGGACGCCACGUGCGCGCCGCCAGCAAAUCGACGCCUUCGCCGCCGCGGAGCGUCCGCGGGAGAGAGCUGCGAUCGCUGCUGUUGGACUGA